GUGAGCGCUGUGGAGGAGGAGGAGGAAAGUAUUCCAUUGAGUCACGACAUCUGGAUGCCUUGGCGUUCUCGAUGUGCGGCAGCGCUCAGAGUCACUAGGUGCAUGAUGGAAGAAGUCUGUGACCUCAAGUCCAUGCAUUCGUGCCAUGCAGUACUGAGCUUGACUUUGCUCCAGUUCGUUGCCUGCUUCUACGGUUCUGCAGGACUUCAAGUUCGUCCCCCGAGAUGUCCUCCACCAACGUGACGUCGACCAUGGCGCCGAGUCAGCUUGCAUACAGCUUGUUAGACUUGGAGACAUCCAGACGCUGCGCUGUCGCAAUCUCAGCUCUGGCCAUGUAUGAUUUGAUUUUGUGUUUACCAGAUGAAAUGCGCUUGUUGUGGCAAUGGUGGCCGUUUCCUAGAAUGACGCUGUCUACGACAAUGUACCUCCUGUGCCGGAUGGCUACAUUUGCCUGGUGCAUCAUUGUUUGGGUGCCAGCAAGAAGUUAUCUCGUCGCAGCGGAUUUACGCACAACGGAGCGCGUUUUCACGAACAUAGUGAAUUUCUUCCAAUAUAUAUUACCCAUAGCUUUUGGGUGCAUGCGCAUAUAUGCAGUCACCGCCCACUGGCACUCUAGGCACCGGAAAAGCAUCAGUGUCGCAGCUUCAAGUGUCGGACUGGUGCCCGUGUUGUUAAACAUAAUCGGUUAUGCUCGCGAAUCGACUAUUCUCACCACGCAGCCUCGGCUGCCUAACGGUACCGAACUCUUCUACGAGACGAAAAUGUCACUUUCUUCAGAGGUAGCAUUUUCCAUAGGUUUUGAUCUCCUAGUCAUCCUCAUCCUAUGGAUACAGUGUCGUGCACAUUUGCGACUUGUGCAUCAGGCGAACAUUGGCACGUCCAUUGUUUCCUUGUUGGUAGAAGAAAGUCAGUCUCUGACUUACAGACUCUCGCUUGCGUUGAACGUUUUGGAUGUGAUUUUAUGGCGCCUCUAUAACUAUGAGUGGAUAAUUGACAAUGUGUUACUGCCGCUGACAUCGAUAUUGAUCGCUCGAUGCCUUCUGCACCUCAAGGAAGCGGACUCGGCUUUGGCAUGGUCGUCAAUCGGCGAACAACGAUCCCUUGAAUUCGCACACCCAGACAGGGAAGCGAGCCAUGCGCCGCACAAUCGGUGAACUCUAACGAGAGAGAGAUUAUAGUGGUUGUGAAGAAGUCGGCAAUGGGCCUUGAAGCUUCUCCGAGUCAGCCGGUCGAUCCAGACAAAACCGAGAAAUCCACGGCGGAUACCAGAACAGACCGAUGUAUAUCACCGUAAAGAGACCAAGAAUUCCCAUGCUAUGGUAUCAUAACGCUACACGCUUUUACGGCGGUAAGUCACGAUGUUACUAGGAGCCCGUACAACCCGGUUUGU